AUGUUAAAUGGACCCACUAGACCACUAGACCGGCUUCUAAUUUUCAAAAUGAUCGUACUCCACUUAUUCCUUCUAUCACUCUUUGCUACAAGAUUGUUCGCUCUAGACAAUGGACUAGCAAGAACCCCUCCGAUGGGUUGGAUGUCGUGGGCGACAUUCUUCUGUCAAGUUGAUUGCGAAAAAUACCCAAACGACUGCAUAAAUGAAAAGCUCUAUCAAGAAAUGGCUGAUAAACUUGUGAGUGAUGGCUUUCGGGAUGCCGGCUAUAAUCGAGUGCACAUUGAUGACUGUUGGAUGGAACUUUCUAGAGAUAAGCACGGAAAGCUUGUUGCGGAUAGAGAACGUUUCCCAAGCGGCAUGAAAAAUUUAGCCAAAUAUAUGCACGACAGAAAAUUAGAGCUUGGAAUUUACGAGGAUUUUGGAACAAAGACUUGUGCUGGAUAUCCAGGAAGCAUAGAUCAUAUUAAGGACGACGCUGAUACAUUUGCUUCUUGGGACAUCGACUACUUGAAAUUUGAUGGAUGCUACGUAGACACCGAUCUGAUGCCAACUGGAUACCCUAAAAUGGAGCAAGCGCUAAAUCGAACUGGUCGACCUAUCGUUUAUGCUUGUGGCUGGCCGCUGUUCUUCCACUUAGCUCACAAAGAGCAUAAGGUAAACUACAAUGAUGUGCGAAAAGCCUGCAACUCAUGGCGAAUCUUUGAUGACGUUGAAGGAUCAUGGAAAUCGAUCGUCAGUAUCAUUGAUUAUGUCGAAAGGUAUCAGGAUGUAUUGGCAGCAGCACAGAAACCUGGAGGAUGGAACGAUCCAGACAUGGUGGGGCUAAAUUCUGGAUUUCAUUUAUAAGA